AAAGCCUCUUGGCCCACGAUCGAAAUGUAAACGUGGGGUGUUGGGGGGUGGGUUUUUUUCUGGGUCCUACAGAAGAGGAACGGACGAAUGGACAGGUAGUUGGACGUUUCUCUCUUCCCCGCUCCCUUUUCAUACCUCGAUCUUUCCAGGAAGGUGCCGGUUUACGGCAGUGGGACCUGUGUGUGUGCUUAGUGCUUGGAGCUCCUCGCGGAAACUCGCCACAGGAGCUGUUACCUGAAUUCGAUUCUUAGAGGGCCCCUGGACUGUGGAGGGAAGCCUCUGCUGCCUCGGUUUGUAUGUGAAGGGCAGGUUUUGUUCCUUCCCUCUGGCUCGCAUUGUUUAGGCGAUGAGAGUAUGAUGGGGAGUACAACUGGAAGCAAACUCGUAACUCAGGUUUGAGAUCGUCUUACUUUGGCAAUGCGGACCCUUAUGAUUCAUUUAUUCCUGGAGUUGUCUUAUCAUGGCUGAAAAUGACAGAGACAGAACCCAGACUGACAAACUCCUAAAAAGAGUACAAGAACUAGAGCAGGAGAUAGAAAGACUUAAAAAAGAACAGGCCAACACAAAGAUCUCAAAUGCUAGAGAAAAUUCUUCAGGAGCUAGAAAAGCUAAGCGUGCAUUUGACUUCAGCGCUCACGGUCAAAGACAUGUAGCCCUGAAGAUAGCCUAUCUGGGCUGGGGAUACCAGGGCUUUGCCAGUCAGGAAAACACAAACAACACUAUUGAGGAGAAACUGUUUGAGGCUCUAACGAAGACUCGACUAGUAGAAAGCAGACAGACAUCCAAGUAUCACCGGUGUGGGCGAACAGACAAAGGAGUUAGUGCCUUUGGACAGGUGAUUUCUCUUGACCUUCGUUCUCACUUUCCGAAGGGCAGGGAUUCAGAGGAUUUUAAUUUAAAAGAUGAAGUCAACGAUGAUGCCAAAGAGAUCCGUUAUACUCACAUUCUCAAUCGGGUGCUCCCUCCAGACAUCCGUGUAUUGGCCUGGGCCCCUGUAGAGCCCAGCUUCAGUGCUAGGUUCAGUUGUCUUGAGCGGACUUACCGCUACUUUUUCCCUCGUGCUGAUUUAGACAUUGUAACCAUGAACUGUGCAGCUCAGAAGUAUGUCGGCACACAUGAUUUUAGGAACUUAUGUAAAAUGGACGUAGCCAAUGGAGUUAUUAAUUUUCAGAGGACUAUUCUGUCUGCUCAAGUACAGCUAGUGGGCCAGAGUCUGGCCGAGGACAGAUGGCAAGAACCUUUUCAGUUAUGUCAGUUUGAAGUGACUGGCCAGGCGUUCCUUUAUCAUCAAGUCCGCUGUAUGAUGGCUAUCCUUUUUCUGAUUGGCCAAGGAAUGGAGAAGCCAGAGAUUAUCGAUGAGCUGCUAAACAUAGAGAAAAAUCCCCAGAAACCUCAAUACAGUAUGGCUGUAGAAUUUCCUCUAGUCUUAUAUGACUGUAAGUUUGAAAAUAUCAAGUGGCUCUAUGACCAGGAGGUUCAGGAGUUCAAUAUAACCUACCUACAACAACAGUGGGCUAAUCAAGCUGUUAAGACUCACGUGUUGUAUAGUAUGCUGCAAGGACUCGAGUCUGUUGCUGUGCCCUGUGAGACAGGAACAGAGACGGAUGAAGUAAUAGAAUGGAGAAAUGUUAAGCCCUCUGUCAUAAAGCAGACCAGUGCCUUUGUAGAAGGAGUGAAAAUGCGCACAUAUAAGCCCCUAAUGGAUCGUCCUAAAUGCCAAGGACUGGAAUCCCGGAUCCAGCACUGCGUACGUAGGGGACGCAUUGAAUACCCACGUUUAUUCAAUGAGACAGAAACAAACGCCAAAAGGGAGUGUAAUGACACACUAGAAGAAGAAAAUACUAUUUCAGAGAAACCAACAAAGAGAGUCUGUGUCGAUACAGAAAUUAAAAGCAUCCUUUAACCACAGAAAACUCUCCAGGACCUAGGAGGCAACAACUAGCUAAUGGUAGGUGGGUAAAAAGGAAAUACAAUAUUUACUGCAGUAAGUCCUAGAAUUCUGAUGAUCAGCUCUUAAAAGAACAAAACCAAAAAGAUCAUCCGCUCUAUUUAAGGAUGUUCAAGCUUCAACUGGAAAUCAAACAUUCAUUCCUGUACAAAAGGAUUAAGAGAUGGAAAAUAAAGAUGUAUUUACAUACACCUGGAAACCUGUGCCUCAUGUUCAAGUUUAUUAAACCUGAUCCUGCAAGUGUCUAUCCUUUUUAAAAGCAAAUGAGAUAUUUACUACCCAUCGGAAUUAGCAUGAAGAGCAUGCCCGGGUGUCUUGUUUUCUAGGACAAAUUAAAAAAAAAAAAAUUUAGUCAAAUAUUUGAUAAAUUGGUGCAGAAUGCACUGCCAGGCACAAUACUACCUGACAGUGACCUAACUGAAUGAGGCACCGCAUCUCUUACAAAGCUUAUCAGUUUAAUGCUGUCUGAGCCACAAAUGGUCUUUGUUGUAUGUAUUUUUUUUUUAAUAUUUUACACACAUAAAAAAACAUUGUUAGCCCACAGGCCAUAAAGAAAACAGGCCAUGCAGUUUACCAACCCCUGGCCUAGAGAUUUAAGGAAAGCUCUGAUAGAGAUCUCCAAGCUGAAUCGUGUAGAACAGAUGGGAGCAGAGUUAAGAUGACAACAUUUGCAUAGUUUAGAAAGGUAAGCAAGGGUCCUAUCCACAAAGCCUUGCAGGCCUUCCUAAAAAUGCUUAGAUUUUUAUCUUGAGGAACCACUGGGGUGGGGUGGGGGUGGGGAGGAAUUAAAAAGCCAAAAUUGUGCAGCACAAAUAUUGCUCUGUGUAUACGGUGGACUGGAAGAGGGCAAGACAGUAGGACCAAUUAGGAGGCUGUUGGAGUAACCAAGGAAAUUGAUGGCCUAGAUUAGAUUUGUAGUAAGGGGUACAGAGAGAAGAACAUUAGUUUGAGAUUAAGAAAAGAGAAGCAGAAGGACUUUGGGUGAAUGACUGUGAGGUUCACAAGUAGGGAGGCUGCCAGAACUCCCAGCGUUCAUAUGUAAAGCACAGCUAAGGCACGCUGGGACAUGAAAUGAGGCAGGGUUUUGCUUGUUCUCUAAGUUGAUAAUUAACCCUCAAAAUAUUUCUUAUAAACAAUAUUUAUUCAAAAGUGUUUCUUUCCCCCCACCCCCCCUCUCUAAAAAUCAAUGGAAAAAAUAUUCUCUGGUGAGGAUUAACAACAACAAAAAUAAGGAGUUGAGCUGGGCUGGUGUGGCUCAGUGGUUGAGCAUCGAUCCAUGAACCAGGUAGUUACGGGUUCGAUUCCGGUCAGGGCACAUGCCUGGGUUGCAAACUUGAUCCCCAAAAGGCAGCGAUUGAUGAUGUUUCUCUUUCAUUGAUGUUUCUAUCUCUCUCUCUCUUCCUCCUCCUUGCUCAGUGGUUAGACCAGCGAUGGCAAAUCGGUGACACGCGAACUCAUUUUUUUGGUUGAUUUUUCUUUGUUAAAUGGCAUUUAA